AUGGAAAACUUCACUACUACGGAAGACGACUGCUGUGCCUUUGAGUCUCCCAUCCUGGACCGGGUCCUGCCUCCCAUCCUGGUGCUGGAGUUCAUGUUUGGGCUGAUGGGGAAUGUUGUGGCUCUGUGGAUGUUUAUUUUCCACAUGGACACCUGGAACCCCAACUCUGUCUACCUCACACACCUGGCCAUGGCCGACUCCAUCGUCCUGUUCUGUCUUCCAUUCAGAGCCGACUACUACCGACGUGGCAAGCACUGGAUCCAUGGUGAUAUCCUGUGCCGGAUUAUGCUGUUCCUGUUGAUGGCCAACCGCGCCGCUAGCAUCUUCUUCCUCACUGCGGUGGCUGUCGACCGUUACUUCAAGAUCGUUCACCCCAUGAACAAGAUCAACCAGAUGGGCCUGAACUACGCUCUGUGGGUGUCUCUGGGCCUGUGGGGCCUGAUCAUUGCUGCAACCGGGUACCUGCUGGCCAACGAACACUUCUUCAUCCGCAACAACCGGACGCAGUGCGAGAGCUUCAACAUCUGCAUGGGCUUCAGCCCGCUGUCUACGUGGCACAACACCUUCUACGUGAUCCAGUUCUUCUUGCCCACCGCCAUUGUCACCUUCUGCACCUUCUGCAUCACCUGGCAGCUGAAGAACAAGACGAUCGACACCGGGGGGAAGAUCAAACGCGCGGUGCAGUUUGUCAUGGCCGUGGCACUCAUCUUCAUCAUUUGCUUCUUCCCUAGUACGGUGUCUCGGAUCGCUGUGUGGAUCCUAAAGGCCUGGUACAACGAGUGCCGGUAUUUCAAAGAGGCCAAUUUGGCAUUCUACACCUCUGUGUGUUUCACCUACUUCAACAGCGUGCUGAACCCCAUUGUGUACUACUUCUCCAGCCCUGUCUUCAGCCAGACCUUCCUGAAGCUGUUCAACAGACUGCUGGGGAGGAAAGAGGAGGAGGGACAGCCAGCCUCGCCUGAGACUGGAACUGGGACCGGCAGUCCGAACACAGUGUCAGGGAGGAUCUGA